AGAACUGAGAAGGUUUAUAGUCCUGUGACUUCAACACUGCAGGACUCACAUCUGUCAGUCAACACAGCAGAAAGCACAACCACCAUGACUCUCAUCACCAUCACCAUCCUCAUCUGGACGCUGACCUGCUGCUGUUUUACAGGAUGCAGCGGUCAGGUGACUGUGACUCAACCUCCAGUACUGACAUUUACUCCUGGAUCCACUGUCACUCUGACCUGUAGGACCAGCCAAGCUGUUCGGAGAUUUGAUGAUGGUGAUGAUGCUAUGUACUGGUAUCAACAGAAAUCUGGACAGGCUCCAAAGCUCCUAAUAAAAUAUGCAACAACACUUGAGUCAGGAACACCAACUCGAUUUAGUGGCAGUGGAAGCAGCUCUGACUUCUCUAUGACCAUCAGUGGAGUUCAGGCUGAAGAUGCAGCAGUUUACUACUGUAAGAGUUACCACUACAUAAACAGUGCUCGGGUGUUCACACAGUGA